GACGCACUGAGGGACCCGGGAUGAAGCGUUUGGCUCGACGAUCCGCUCUUUUCCGAGUUUCCUCCUCCUGCAUCUUCUACUUCAUCGUCUUUCUUACCUAUCGGUUCUUCGCGGGAGCAGAGGAAUCCCCUGUUUCAGAUGAGGAGGAGGUUGUGAGAAGCCGACAUUUGCUGUCGCAGAACUCGAAUUGUACUCCGCCGGCCAUCGAGGAAUUCCCUGGGGAUUUCCUCAGUCCCUCGCAGAGGAAUCGCGGGGGGGUCGUCAUCCAUUUCCUCAUCGGCAUCUACCUGUUCGUCGCCAUUGCCAUCGUCUGCGACGAAUAUUUCGUCCCGUCUCUGGAUGUCAUCUGCAAGGAGCUGCACAUGUCCUCGGACAUCGGAGGAGCGAGCUUGAUGGCGGCCGGGUCCUCCUCUCCCGAGCUCUUCACCAAUCUGCUCGGGACGUUCUUGACGGAAGGGGACAUCGGAUUGGGGACCAUCGUCGGGAGCGCCGUCUUCAACAUCCUCGGGGUUGUCAUUCUGUGCGUAAUGGUUUUCAACCCAUCCAUUGAGCUUUGGGUCAAGAAGAAGGUCUCGGAGUGGGGAUGGAAGCUAGUAGCGACCGGAGAUUCGGAGAGCGACGGAGAACAGACGCCAAUCUUGUCUAGGUGCUCCUUGGAGGAGGGAAAGAACUCGGAACCUGUUGCGAUCUGUAACGGAUGGUGUCCACCGGGCCUCGAAGAGGAAGGGAGCUUGGGGUGGCGAAUCUACUGGACCCUUACUUGGCCCAUCCGUCUCAUCUUUUUUUUUACCAUCCCCGAUUGCAGAAAGAAGAGAUGGAGGAAAUUCUACAUCGUCGCCUUCAUAAGCUGCCUCAUCUGGAUCGGCGUAAUCGCUUACCUGGCCGUCUGGAUGAUCACCAUCAUCGGUAGGUCGUUUCCCACGUAUGCAUAUUUUGGGAAGUGUGAAAAGAAGCAGACAGGCUCCAAGAUGCAUUUAGCUGAACACGUGAUCAACGAGAAUGUUUCCCCUUGCUCUUUCCAUUCACUAGGUUACACCCUAGGCAUACCCGACACCGUGAUGGGAUUGACGUUCCUGGCAGUUGGAACGAGCGUCCCUGAAAUGAUCUCCAGUUUCAUCGUUGCCCGACAAGGUGAGGAAAAGAGAGGACCUAAGAGGAAGAAAAUAAUUCGAGUGUUUGGAUUAUUUUACAAGCGACUCGGGACGAUGUGCCUAAGCAAUGCAGUGGGGAGCAACACGUUCGACAUCUUGGUCUGCUUGGGACUCCCUUGGUUCGUGAAAGCUGCAUUCCUUCCCUCGGAUCCGACGACGAAAUCCAUCCGCAUCAAUUCCGAGGGAAUCAUCUACAGUGCCAUUGCCCUCCUUUCCUCUCUCAUCAUCUUGUAUCUCGCAUUGUUUUUCAAUCGAUUCGUCUUGAAUCGACGAGUGGGAUCGAUCUGUUUUAUUCUAUAUAUCAUCUUCCUUGUUUUUUCCCUCCUCUGGGAAUUGAACGUGUUCGGGAUCGUGAACCUUCCCACGUGCCCCUCCUCGGCCUGAUUCUCAUUUCUCCGAGCCACAAAUCCGCAUCGUUCCGAGAGUCAUUUGAGGCAACAUUUCCUAGAAAACACGUAUUUCUAGUUGUACGUACGAGAAGGGGGGGGGGGGGGGGGCCUGCAAUCAUUCGAGGAAAGCAAUCUGUAGGUGUUCUUGCCUUCUUGGACUUCCGGUUCGUGCCAAAUUUUGAAAUAAG